AUGUUAGACAAUCCAAGCCAGAUUCCAACUUUCCUUGCCGAAUCCCUCCCCUCACAGUCACUGUUUUUCAUUUGCUACAUCAUGUUGGCAACACUGACUGGAUAUGCGCUGCAGCUACUGCGCAUUGCACCGCUUAUUAUAGUGGCUAUUAAGAGGAAAUGGCUUGUCAAGACGAAGCGCGAGGAGAAAGCAGCCUGGAGACCACCACCUGUCCUUUAUGACCGCGUAGUAAGUAACAGUGACCUGGGAAAUAACUUCCUAAAGUUGCUAGGCGACUAGACUAGCCCCAGCCACAAAUUGCUCGGCAACGUUUGCCCAACUUUUGCCUUUUGGAGCAGCUUUUAAUUUUUGGGGUAACUUGAUUAAAUUUUAAGCAACAUAAUUAAACAGUCCCGUAAUACUGUUUAGGCCAUGUUAUAUAUCCUUACUUAAUAAAUGCUAUAUAGGUUGGGAUUGAGGAAUUCCCCCGACUUGUCCCUUGACAAUCUUGACGUGUAACGUCGAAUCAAAUUUCGACGAGGAAUACUGGGAACUAGGUUUGAUUUGGUUGCAGAGCAGGCAGGGGGUCGAGCAGGGACUUAGCAGGGCAACCUCCUCCUCGACCCAGGGUUUUCUCCUACUCGUCCCUCGGAGCGAAAGAGACGAGAAGGGGAGGACCCUGAAAACGAGGUUGUAGCAGGGGUUGUAUGAGGCCGUGCAUGCAUUGUCAGUAAGUUAACUAACGUUGUAAUCUCAUUUUAGUUCGCCAAUCACCUGUUCAUUCUGAUUGUGGGUUUGUCGUACUCGGCGCUUGCACCCAUUAUCACUCCGUUUGUGGCGCUGUACUUUGGCUUUGGCUACGUUGUGUGGAUGUAUCAGACGAUAAGUAUAUACAUCCCAAUAUACAGCUGUGGUGGAAUGAUGUGGCCCAUAACGUUUAACAGGUAAAACUUACAGUACAUAGCAUAACAUUUUGUAUUAAAUUAUGAUUGGCUGAAAAUUCAUUCCUUAUUAUAUUAUACAUUGUACUCAGUAUGUGCCUUCUCAUUGGCUAAGAUCCUACAGACAAUUUUGGAAAUUCGCGCAACCUACAGAUUCAGGUUAAUAUUGGAUGGCCUUGGAGGGGCGAAAAGAACUAUAACUAAUCGAUCAUCCAGUAACACAGUGUCAAGUCAUGAAGCCGCAAACUAACACGUUUAUCACCUGUGCAUAUUACUGCUAAAUGUACAAUUGAUUAAAAAAACCUAUUCUAAAAAGGACUCCGUUCAAGAUCAGAAAAAUGAAACGAAAAUGGUUGUCCUUUGUUCUGCUCUUUUAUAAACCUUUAAGUUAGCAAGUUUUACACCCUAUUCAUGUAUAUGUAGUGGCGCCAAAAAAACGUAACAAAUUAAAGUUUGAAUCACGGGCAGGGUUUUGAUUUGCGACGUGCAUGUUGCUUUUUUCUUCGUUUUUGUUCCCUAAUGCCCCUUUCUGCAGUCCAAGAUACAAAUUAUAUUUAAAAACCUAAACCGUUUUCCGCUUUCUAGGAUGAUCAUAGGAACAGCGGUGUUUCAGUUGUUGAUGGUUGGAGUGGUCGCUUUGAAGGGAUCUUUCGCUGCUUCGUGUUUGGUACUUCCGCUUCCGGUCAUGACGGUCUUCUUCUAUCUCUUCAUUCUGCAGCAUUAUAUAAGACCAUCAGCCAACUUGUCGCUUAAAGCUGCGCACAGCCUGGAAAAUCCUGCUGCUAACUUUUUGCAGGUGAGAUGUUGAAAAAGAAAGACAGACGAUCGUAUCUUUUCUAGACCACAAUGUUCAUGUUUUCUUACUAUGCGUUUAUUGGGCUGCAAUGGUCUAAUAUUUUCUAUGCUGAGUCUUAGCUCCUCCUAAACCAAGUAUAAACUAUUAAAAACACUUGUUUCGGCUUUCAAUGAAUGGAAAAUUCUUGGUCAAAAGGCAGGGACCCCCUCCUGUCACGGUCGGCCCACUGGAGGGGUAAUAGGACACAUAACGCCUUCUAAGAGAUCUGUCGGCCGUUUUGUCUUUUUUCGACAUAUACACUACCCAUGUUUGAUUGAGCCACAGGCACCCCAAUAAAACGCCAAGUCGGGACCUUUAUUAGAAUAGACUACGGGUUCAGACGAGAGUGAGAAACAUGCCUCGUAUAUGAUUACUCGCGAGCGGGGGACUUUUUUGCUAUCGAGCAAAAUUUGAAUAAAACAAAAUAAGAAUACAAAUGGAACACAAGCCCUUUAAGUUAUGGCUAGACGCAGUUUUAUCAAAGACCUAGUAAUAAGAAAAUUUACUAUUUUAUACCGCUGUAUUCUGGUUGAGUGAUUUAAGUAAAAAGGAAAUCUCUGUUUGCCACUGACAGGACGUAAUCAAGGGUUACAUGAGGACUCAGGGAGUGCAGAUUCUUCCAGAACCAGAAGUGCCAACAAGCGAAGAAAGAGAUGCGUCUGAUCAGGCCUCUGAUUUGGAAAAAAGUAUUCCUCUAACUACAGCUUCCGAUGAUGUGAAGUUGGACGUGUAA